GGAAGCGCUGCCGGGUGAUGGCCUCUGAGGACGAGGCAGGGGAGGUGGGUGGCGGGCUUUGCCCAGGGCUUGGGGAUAAGGGUGUCCGCGGCUAGACGUUUGGCCCACACUUACAGGCGAUGCCAGGGAGGGAGGCGCACGAACCGUGGGAUCCGGCGGCAGUGAGGGGAAUCGGCCCCGGCCGCCCCGCCUCUAGCCCGUCCUCUCCGCGGCAGGUGCCGGUGGACAGCGCGGAGGAGGGGGAGCGGCCCCUCGCAGGGGCCGUGGAUCUGGCCGCCCAGAAGCGUGAACAGAGGCUGCGCAAGUUCCGGGAGCUGCACCUGAAGCGGAAUGAAGCUCGAAAGUUAAACCACCAGGAAGUUGUGGAGGAAGAUAAAAGACUUAAAUUACCCGCAAACUGGGAGGCUAAAAAAGCUCGUCUGGAAUGGGAGCUGCAGGAAGAAGAAAAGAAAAAAGAAUGUGCGGCAAGAGGGGAGGACUAUGAGAAAGUGAAGCUGCUGGAGAUCAGUGCAGAAGAUGCAGAAAGAUGGGAGAGGAAGAAGAGGAGGAAAAACCCUGACCUGGGAUUCUCAGAUUAUGCUGCCGCCCAGUUACGCCAGUAUCAUCGGCUGACCAAGCAGAUCAAACCUAACAUGGAAACUUAUGAAAGACUGAGAGAAAAACAUGGAGAGGAGUUCUACCCAACAUCCAGCAGUCUUCUUCAUGGAACCCAUGUGCCCUCCACAGAGGAAAUUGAUAGGAUGGUCAUAGACUUGGAAAAGCAAAUUGAAAAACGAGACAAGUAUAGUCGGAGACGUCCUUAUAAUGAUGAUGCAGAUAUUGACUACAUUAAUGAAAGGAAUGCCAAAUUCAACAAGAAGGCAGAAAGGUUCUAUGGGAAAUAUACAGCUGAAAUUAAACAGAAUUUAGAGAGGGGAACAGCAGUCUAAUCUCCUUUGGGAACUCUUUCGACUGCCAAAUUCUAACUAAACCAGGACUAUUACCUUUCCUUUUUUAAAUUGUUAAGUGUUUUAUGACUAUGUAUUUUCAUGCUUAUAUAUUUAUUAUUCACUCAUUUCAGAGACAAAACGUUCUGUAUUUUUGUUCAGUGUGUGCACUUCAUGUGUGUACCCUACUGGGCUUAACACUACUAGCUACAAACAUAUGUCAUCAUCAUCCUUACAUUUGUCACGUUUGCCUUGAACUAGAGUUGAACUUGGGAGCUUCACAGAAUGCUAAACUGGGACUAAUUUUUCUUGUAAGCUAUGGUGGGUGGUGAAAGGAAGGGGAUAUUGGCUACUGGAAAUUCCCCCUGGCCCACCCUCUCCAGAAGUAGUCACAAUUAACAGGUGCUAGCCUAUCCCAUGCUCUAGCCCAGGGCCCAGGUACAUUUAUGGGGCAAGCACAGAAAGUAGGAAAACUGAUCCUCUAAUGACAUUUUGUAUAUACACCAUUUUUAAAAGCAAAUUUCCCUCGGAAGAAAGUAAAUUAAAACAUUUGGUCAAAGUAUUAUUAAAACUUACAUAAUACAAACUUUUUUUUUAAAAACCUAAUUGAAAUUUUAACCUCAUUUCAACUGUAACUGAGAAAUGAGGGCAUGUAGUUUGAGUAGUAGUUAUGGGAAAUAUAGGGCAAAAACCUGAAAGUCAGGAGUAUCUCAUAAAAGUAAAGGUUAUUUGUGCCAUUUUAUAUGAAAAAAGAGUAGGACUGGUAUCCGUUAAGUUGGGCACACCAAUAGCUCUCAUUUAGUGAAUGAUGGACUGAUUAAGAUGGUAAUGUGCUAUUAAUGAUUCAAUGUACUAUGAAUAAGGAAACUUUUAAUGUUGUACAUUCACAUGUAGAAUGAGGUAGAUCUAUAUGUACUAACAUGAAAAGAUGCUCAUACCCAAGCAGUUUGUGUAAGGCAUUACAAAAAAUCCAGAAUGUACUUCAUACCAUGUAUGACUGCCUCUGUGGAAUGGAAACAGAAGUUUGACUUCCUU